GAUGGAUAUCGCAUCUUUGAUGCAUAUGCACCGUGUAUCUCUAUCUUAUCUUCACUUGAAAUCAAAGCAAGUUUUCGUGUGCCGGGAAAGCCUUGUUGACGCUGCUGCUGCUGCUGCUGCUGCAGAGGAGAGGCGGCAUGCGUUUGCUCGCUCGUGAGACGGUGGUGCUGGUGCUGGUGGUGGUGGGGCUCCGAGCGAGGAGAGAAUCCAGUCAGUCCAAGGAGCAAGCAGGCGAGAAGGGUGAGAAAACAGCAAGACAACAACAGCAAUGCUUGCUUCCAAUGCAUGCCCAGCACGAGAAAUCAAUGCAAUGUCAAAGAAGUGAAAGCAAAAGCAGCAAAACAAUUGAGGUGGUGACAUGGAGAUGGAAGAGGAGGUGGAGAGGGGGGAUGCAAAGAAAAGAAGAUGCUGCCAUGCCAUGCCAUGGCCCUGCUGUUGGCCCCCAGCUGCCUCAUCACGCGCCAUAUUCCCUUUCCUUGAUGCCGCCGAUCGAUUCGAUUCCACCCCGUCCCCGCCCGGGCGUAUCCAUACAUACAUAUACCGCCGGAGGUGGAGACGGAGACGGAAUAUCUCUGAGCGGUGGUGGAGUCCCAGGAAAGCAACCGACCGACCGACCCACCGCCUAUAAGAGCGAGCCCCCCCGCGCAGCUCGCACUGGCAUCGUCCAUCACCCUGCUGCUGCUGUCGCUGCUUGUCCAGGAGUAGACCUGCUGCUGCUGCUGCUACUUUCUGUGUCGCCGCGGUAGAAGCAGCCGCCGCUGUCGUCGUCGUCUCGUCUGCGAC